GCACCGAAUUUGGCCCCUUCAAUUCAACUAAUAAAAAGAAAAGAAAGAAUCGCCCCUUCAUGAUAUAGAAACGUAAUCCAAAAAGGGGGGAUUUUGGAAAGGAAGUAAAGUAAAGGGGUGCAAUAGAAAAUAGGAAUAGAGUGAGAUUCACUUCACUCUCAAGAAAAAGGGUAGUGGUAUCCUCGUUUCAGCGAAGGGUUCUCUCAAACCUCUUUCAACAGUCCAAGGUUGCACGGUUUUAACUGUUUAGGUUUUUGCAUUCCAAAAAAAAAAACUUUGCAGCUUUGGCUGCGAAGUUAUAGGUAUUUGGUUGUGUUUCUAUGAAUAUAAGUUGGAAUUAAAGAUAAUUGUAGAUGGAAUCCCUUUGGAAGCUUGUGUAUUUGCUAGAGCCUGCACCGGUUACGCUUAUCGCCACAGCUGUAGCUGUGACAUUUGGAGCUGCUUUUCGAGCUCUAAAUUAUGGGAAAGAAAUGGAGCGUAAUCAUCACAUGUCAGAAGCAUCCAUUACAUUGGAUAGGUCUCAAGCAUUGAUGAUCCCGGUUAUGAGCUCUUUUAGCUUGGUUCUGAUGUUCUACUUGUUCUCAUCGGUUUCACAGUUUCUCACGGCAUUUACUGCCAUAGCUGCUGCGUCGUCCCUUUUCUUCGUCCUGUCUCCUUAUGCUGCCUAUUUGAAGUCACAGUUUGGUUUGGCUGAUCCUUAUGUUUCACGCUGUUGCUCAAAAUCUUUUACACGAAUCCAAGCAAUGCUAUUGUUUACAUGCACUUUUACAGUAGUUGCUUGGCUUGUUUCUGGUCAUUGGAUACUGAACAAUCUGUUGGGAAUAUCUAUAUGCAUUGCAUUUGUAAGCCAUGUGCGUCUUCCAAACAUCAAGAUUUGUGCAAUGCUCCUCCUUUGUUUGUUUGUAUAUGACAUUUUCUGGGUUUUCUACUCUGAAAGAUUUUUCGGGGCAAAUGUCAUGGUGUCUGUAGCAACACAGCAAGCAUCAAAUCCUAUGCACACUGUUGCUAAUAGUUUAAGUCUUCCUGGGUUGCAACUAAUAACAAAGAAAUUGGAGUUACCUGUAAAGAUUGUCUUUCCACGAAAUUUGUUGGGCGGUGUUGUUCCAGGACAGAGUGCAUCCGACUUCAUGAUGCUUGGUUUAGGAGACAUGGCCAUCCCUGGGAUGCUGCUGGCUUUGGUUCUCUGCUUUGAUUAUCGCAAGAGCAGGGAUACAAUCAAUCUCACUGAUUUACAUUCUUCAAAGGGGCACAAAUACAUAUGGUAUGCGCUGCCUGGAUAUGCCAUUGGCCUGGUAACUGCUUUAGCAGCUGGUGUCUUGAGUCACUCACCUCAACCUGCUCUUCUUUAUCUGGUGCCUUCUACCUUGGGACCUGUAAUUGUGAUCUCUUGGAUGAAAAAUGAGCUACUCGAGUUAUGGGAAGGAAACAUUCCGAAUGUCAAUGAUAAGGACCGCGAGGUUAUCAUGUCUUGAUCUUUUUAUUCGUAUACCAUAAAAUAAAAGGAAAGAAGAUGAAGAUUACAUUUCUGCAUUGGAAAAGAUAAAAUUGAAGUUAUAUGUUCCAAAAUACAGCAAUUUUUAUUUUAUUUUUAAUAAGCCUUCAAUACGUCAACAUGCUUUGGGAUAGUGAAGAUGAGCGAACUCGAACCUGACGUAAAAGAUGUUUAUCCUGAGGUGACCAAAUAAACUAUAACAUGGUUUCAAUUUGCAUACAAAGGACCAUUCUUGUGUUGGGAAAUGGCAAAGUUAUAAGGGUGCUUCUUUCCAGUCUUUGCUAUUAAAAACUCUAAAUGUGUUUGGAAUUGCGUAUCUGCACAAAAUUCUCUAGAAGCAAGCAUUCAAAUGUGUAAAAUUUGUGUUUUAUAUUUUUAUUUUUAUGUAUACUGUUGAACUGAUGCUAGGGAUGGUCAAAAUGGCAUCUAAGUUACAAUGGAUCAUUCUUAUGUUGCUUUA